UUGACAUUUAUUUAGAAAGAAAAUGCAGUAUAAACAUUUAUAUUCUCUAAGAGUGCCGACAAAACAUUGUAAUUUCUGUUUUUUGAAAUUAACAAAGUCAUACAAAAAUCAGGUGAAAACUUUACACGAUGCUGCUAAAGAUAAAAAUAAUAAAAAAUAUAGCAAAACUAUUAUAUUACCUAAAACUGACUUUCAAUUACGACUAAGUGGAAAAAAGCGAGUGGAUAUGGAUAAAUAUUUGCAAGAAAAAUGUAGAUUUUUAAAUUUAUAUCAUUGGCAAAGAGAACAUUUAGCAGGACCGGAUUUUGUUUUGCACGAUGGACCACCUUAUGCCAAUGGGGAUCUUCACAUGGGCCAUGCAGUCAAUAAGAUUUUAAAAGACAUUACUCUGCGACAUAAAAUAAUGAAAGGUCAGCGAGUACAUUAUGUACCAGGUUGGGAUUGUCAUGGUUUACCAAUUGAACUUAAAGCGAUUAAAAACCUUAAUACUGAAAACGAAACGUCAGAUCCUUUAGAAAUUCGACAUAAAGCACGUAUAUUUGCUGAAGAUGCUAUUAUAAAACAAAGAGAAGUAUUCUCUUCGUGGGGUAUAAUGGCUGAUUGGAAGGAAAGUGGAUGUUAUUUUACAAAUCGACCUUCAUAUAUUCAAAAUCAGUUACAGCAAUUUAUAAAUUUGUAUGAGAAAAAGCUUAUUUUUCGAGAUUUUAAACCAGUCUAUUGGUCUCCUUCCUCUAGAACAGCCUUAGCAGAAGCUGAAUUGAUGUAUAAUGAAAAACACGAAAGCAAAUGUGCCAUUAUUCGUUUACAAAUGUGCGACGUACCAUUGAAGUUGAAAAGAUUUACUAAUAAUACGAUAUAUGCGCUCGCAUGGACAACUACCCCUUGGACAUUAGUAGCUAAUCAAGCAUUAGCAUUUUCUGCUAAUUCUGAAUAUUGUUUGGUGCAAGACUCUCAUGGGAAUUUUUACAUUAUUGCCGAAGCAUUGGUGAAAGAUAUUGAAUUGAAAAUUGGUCAUUUAAAGUCGAUAGCAAGCAUUAAUGGAAAUGAAUUGAGCAAUGCCAAGUAUUUACAUCCGAUCAGAAAAGAAAGUCUACCAUUUUUACCAGGAGAACAUGUUACAAUGAAUCUUGGUACUGGAUUAGUACAUACAGCUCCUGCACACGGUCCCGAGGAUUUUCUUCUCGCGCUUCGAUAUAACAUACCAGUUCUAUCCGUAGUUGAUCAAAAUGGUCGAUAUACGGAAGCGGCUGGUAUUGAAUUUGCAGGUUUGAAAGUUUUAGACGAAGGCACUGAAAAAGUUUUACAACAUUUGAACCAAGACAUUGUACAUAUUGAGUUUAUUAAGCACAGUUAUCCAUAUGAUUGGCGAACAAAGAAGCCAGUUAUUAUUCGAGCAAGUCAUCAAUGGUUCGUCGAUAUUAAUUCCAUUAAAACAAAAGCUCUCGAAAUGUUGGAUAGCAUAGAAAUAUUUCCAGAAAAAAACCGAUUGCCCUUUCUAAAUAGCUUGUAUGCGCAAAUUAUGAAACGACCCUUUUGGUGUAUUUCUCGGCAACGAUCUUGGGGAACACCUAUUCCUGCUUUGUAUUUCAAAAAUACUGGACAAGUAUUUACGAAUAGAGAAUGGAUAAAUAGACUAUGUGAUCUUAUAGAAAAAAAUGGCAUAGAUUGUUGGUGGAAAUGGUCAACGGAAGAAUUAGUAGGAGAAGAAAUUCUGAACAAAUUUAAACUCGAUAAAAGUAAUUUGAAGAAGGGUGAAGAUAUUAUGGAUAUUUGGUUUGAUAGUGGCAUUUCGUGGUCUGCAAUUUUACCAGAAAAAAAGGCAGAUUUAUAUUUGGAAGGACAAGAUCAACUUACUGGCUGGUUUCAGUCCUCUUUGUUAACUUCCGUUGCACUUCAGAACUCUUCUCCGUACAAUUCAUUGUUCGUACAUGGAUUCGUGGUAGAUGAGAAUGCUGCUAAAAUGUCCAAGUCACAAGGUAAUAUUAUACAUCCGGAUGAUAUUACAAAGGGUAGUAAGAAGAGUGAUAAAAGUGGCUCAGAAAAAAAUGCAUGCGGAGUUGAUACAUUAAGAUGGUGGGUCAGUAGUCAUGGUUGUCAACACACUCAAAUACGUGUAACGCAAGAAAUAUUGCAAGAAAGUAAAGAAUCUAUAGAAAAACUUAGAUUAAUAUUACGUUUCUUGUUGGGCGUUUUAAAUUCUAAUGCAGAAUCCAAAUUAGUAAUAGAUCCAAAGUUUCUGCAUCUUGAUUGGUACAUGCUACAUAGCAUAUAUCAUUAUAAUAAACAAAUACAGAAUCUCUAUGAUAAUUAUCAAUAUCAUAACGUAUGUAGACUGGUCAAAAAUUGGACGACAAACGACGUGUCGUCAAUAUAUUGUCAUUUAAAUAAAGAUAAGCUUUAUUGUGAUCCAAUAACAUCAGCAUAUCGUGCUGCUACUAUCCAAGUUAUAGAUGCAAUACUGACUGUUGUAUUGAGAAGUAUUGCACCAAUUGUACCUCAUUUAGCAGAAGAAGCUUGGUUACAUCGCACUAAAAAUGCCAAUACUGAAUACAUACCACUUCAUUAUACAAGUUAUACCAUACCAGAAAGUUGGAAUCAAUCGCAAAGCAUUGAAUGUAUAGAAGCUGCAUUAUGUUUAAGAAGUAAAGUUAAUAAACUCGCAACUCGUAAUACGUGGGAAUUAGCGACUACAAUAAUGAGUACUAAACAAGAUUAUCAAUUAUUAUCGAUUCUUCAAAAAGAAAAGGAAUCUUCUUUUUCCGAACUAUGUGAUAUUUUACAAGUUUCACAAAUAACUCUUAUAGAAAAUGAUACUCUUACUGAAACGCAAAUUCAUUUAAAUUCUAUAGAUAGACAACUAUGUAAACGUUGUCGAAGACAUCCUGAAAAUGACGGAACUGAAAUAUGUGAACGUUGUAUUAAUAUACUCGAUAGAAACAAUAUCAUCUCAGCAACGGCAUUUACUUGAAUAAUCUUAUUAUUCUCUUAUAAAGUACAAUAGUGGUGUAUGUGAAUAACAAUAAAUGUAUUUAAAGAUGA